ACUGUUCCAGAAAAUUUAGCACCACGUAAAAUUUAAAAGUAGCACUUAAUAUCCUUCGGUGAUGCAUUUUCAUACAGCUUUUUGCUGCUGUCUUUGUUUUCUUUUCUAUCUCAGAUAUGAGUGACUUUUGCUGACUUAAUACUACUACAACAGAAAGGUAACACGAUUUCAAGCUACAUGUACAACAUAUCAGGUGCCAAGUAUAAAGAGAUGAAAAGCCGGAGACAUGUGCAGCAUUUUCCAAUCCUUCCCAUUGGGGCCUAAGCAAGGGCAUAUAACUGUGUCCGAACAAGGGGGAGAAUUUGUAGCACUACCACAGGACAGUGCCAAAGUCAAGAUCCAAGGGUACCCAGAUGUUCAAAUCUCCAAGGAGUCCACUCGCAGUCUGACGCAGCGCGAGAACGCCAAGUCUGCCUUCCUGCCGCAUGACGAGACCGUGUCCAAGCGGAUCUACCAUGCCUGGCAGGACAUGGGCCUACCCGGGGCAUUGGAGGAGAUUAUCAACAGCUCCCAUGAUGUACCAACCUGGAUAUGCAGCGUGUCCCAAAAGUUGCUGAUGCUGACCAGACUGACUGGAUCUCUUCAUGGUUCCUUCUUCCCACAUCUGUCAUUGUCAAAUGAGGAAAUUGUCUCCAAAUACUCAAGUGUGCAGCAUUGGGGUUCAAGUCCAGUGAAGGCGUUUGCAUGGCACCCCCAUACAGUGAAGUUUGCCCUUGCGCUCCAAGACGACUCAAUUCGUGUUCACAGCAGUGCAUCAGAUCUCACCCCAAUACUAAAACACAAGCUCCAGAAGAAUGUAGCUAGCCUGGCUUGGCAACCCAAUUCCUCUUCAGUGUUAGCCGUGGCAUGCCAGUCCUGUGUUCUCAUAUGGCACAUAGAGCCUACCUCACUGGCCACCAGACCAUCGGCCAGUUCAGUCCAGGUGCUGCAACGUGGAGGUCACUGCCCGGUCACCAUGGUGCACUGGAGCCCAGAUGGACGCACGCUUCUUUCUGUCUCGCCUGUCGAUGCCUCCAUACUUGCCUGGGCCGUUGCCAUGGAGACCUGUAUGCCGCUGUGGCGAUAUGGGGGUGGGGGCGUGUCUCUGGUCACAUGGUCGCCCGAUGGCAGUAAAGUGUUCUCUGCUACACCAUCCAAUGUUUUCAGGGUUUGGGAGACCAGAUCAUGGACUUGUGAGAAAUGGUACAGUGUUACUGGACACGUUAAGGCAGCAUGCUGGUCUCCUGAAGGUAAUGUGGUUCUGUUUGCAACAGAGAACCAACCAAUCAUCUACUCACUGACAUUUGCUGCGGUUUCUGAUGAAAGCUCGCCUGUGAUUGGUGGAUCCCAGACAGCAGUAGCAUGUGCUGACUUAUCAGAAACAUCAAUAGAAAUGUCGGAUGGAAAAGCUAUCAAGGUAGGAGGUCAGAUACAUCAGAUGGUGUGGGACCCGCAGGGAGGGAGACUUGCAGUCAUACUGGGAGAAUCCUGUGAGUUUGUGGCAGUGUUCCGGACUCAGCGGUCUCCAAUGUUAGAAAUAACCCCAUGUGGUCUAGUACGUGGUCAGGAUGGUGAGAGACCAGAGAUGGUACAGUUCAAACCCAGCUUUGAUGGAGGAUCACUACUCACUGUGGUGUGGUCCAGUGGGAGGAUAGGCUACAUACCACUAUACUACAUCAGCUCGGCUGGAGUCAAUGAAAUGCCCCAGCCCCCUGUGAUUAAUACUCACAGAUUCUCUAAUGGGCUGUAUUCCAACACAUAGAGACCUGCUCUAUUGAAUGCUAUAAAUAUAAACUGUUCCAUGUAUCAAGAUGUAUUUUUAUAAGUCAUGUUUGUAUUGUUGUUGAGAAAAUAGGUCUUCAAUUUCAUUUUUAUGCUCCCCGAAAUAAAAUUUCGGCGGAGCAUAUAGUUGCCAGUUCUUCCUUUCUUACUUCAAUACUUCCUUCCUUCCGUCAAACUUUUGUUACCGUUUCUCCUAGCGCCUACAAUACUUUACCAAUCUCUUUCAUAUUUGGCAUGUAGGUACCUUGCAUGGACCUCUACCUUUUGAGGUCACUGGGGUCAAGGUCAAGGUCACCGAGGCUAAUAAUAGAUAUUUCCGACACACUUUUGUUACGGUUUCUCAUAGCACCUUCAAUACUUUACCGAUCUCUUUCAUAUUUGGCAUGUACGUACCUUGCAUGGACCUCUACCUUUUAAUGAGAUUUGAGGUCACUGGGGUUAAGGUCAAGGUCACCGAGGCUAAUUAUAGAUUUGUCCGUCACACUUUUGUUACAGUUUCUCAUAGCACCUUCAAUACUUUACCGAUCUCUUUCAUAUUUGGCAUGUAGGUACCUUGCAUGAACCUCUACCUUUUGAUGAGGUUUGAGGUCACUGGGGUCAAGGUCACCAAGGCUAAUAAUAAAUUUUCCGUCAUGCUUUUGUUACUUUACCGAUCUCUUUCAUAUUUGGCAUGUAAGUACCUUGCAUGGACCUCUACCUUUUGAUGAGGUUUGAGGUCACUGGGCUCAAGGUCACUGAGGCUAAUAAAAGAUUUUCCAUCACAGUUUUCUUACAGUUUCUCAUAGGGCCUUCAAUACUUUACCGAUCUCUUACAUAUUUGCCAUGUAGGUACCUUGCAUGGACCUCUACCUUUUGAUGAGGUUUGAGGUCACUGGGCUCAAGGUAACGAGGCUAUUAACAUAUUUUCAGUCACGCUUUUGUAACAGUUUCUUAUAGCACCUUCAAUACUUUACUGAUCUCUUUCAUAUUUGGCAAGUAGGUACCUUGCAUGGACCUCUUACUUUUGAUGAGGUUUGAGGUCACUGGGGUCAAGGUCACCGAUGCUAAUUGUAAAUUUUUUAGGUGGUUAUCAACACAUGGAUUGACAAAGCGCAUCAUCGGGGAGCAUCCAUUAGUUUCACUGAUAUUCUUGUUGUGAAUGGAAUGUGCAUGCGUUAUUGUCAUUGCUUCCUAAAAUGAAAAUGAAUAAUACUAUAUUAUCUUUUAGUUAAAAUGGUUUUGGUCAUGAGUAGAGCUUGUGUAUAAGAAAACUCAAUUAUCCAUUAUAUUAAGAUAUUUCUACAUGCUUGAUUCAAUAUAAUGUACAUCUCAGCUCUACGGAAAGACAAGGUUGCCAGACUCUAAAAGCCUUUUAAGGCUGUUUGAAUUCCACAAUGUUGUGACAGGUUUAUGCAUGUGGUCAGUUUUUUUAUCCCCCCCCCCCCCCCCCCCCCCCCCCCCAAAGCUGAGGAAUAUAGAAUUGGUGUUGUUCGUCUGUCCGUCCAUCUGUCUGUCACAAAAUCUUUCAGGUCUAUUGCUCAUUAAAUAUAAAAGAUAUCAACAUGAAACUUCAUUUGUGUAUAUCAAUGACAAGAAGUGCCAUGCACAGGAACCAUAACCAUACACACUUUCUUAAAUAAGAGUUAUUGCCCUUUGUUUCUUUGUAUGAUGAAACUUUUGAGGGCUUUAUCUCAGAAACCAUACAAGAUUUCAACAUGAAAAUUCAUGGAUGUACUGAUAUCAUGAGGGGAUUUUCAUUUGCUUAAGAACCAUAAUCCUGCACUUUCUUAAAUAGUAAGAAUUAUUGCCAUUUGUUUUUUUUGUAUGAUGUAUAAUUAUAUUUACAGGGCUUAUUCUCAGAUACAAUGCAGGAUUUCAACUUAUUACUUCAUGGGUGUAUAUAUCAAUAAGGAAAAUUGCCUUGCACAAGAACCAUAACCCAACAAUUUCUUAAAAAAGAGUUACUGCCCUUUGUUGUAACUUUUCAGGGCUAUUUGUCAAAUGCGCUUCAAGAUUUCAAUAUGAAACUUAGUUGGUGUUUAGAUAUCAAUAAAAGGAAUUGCUAUCAAUUAAAACAAUUUCUCUACACGUAAAUAUUUUUUUAGGAAAAUACCAUAUAUCAAGGGAUCAGAACCCAUCCGUAAACAAACUUUAUUUGGUGGGGGGUAUCAAUGCAAUGAAUUUGCUUGUUUCAAAUUGAGAUGGACAUGUUUGAAAUUAGCAAUGUGACUGAUACCAGCAUGUUUUCUGUCGGUCGUUAUGUCAGAUGUAUCCUUGAUGUCAGCUUGUACAUCUUUCAAGACUUUAUGACUGAAUGAUAUGCAUUUAGAUCUAUUUUGUAAAAAAAGUGUUUUGUUGCGCUUUAAUUGGAAUAGAAAUCAUCAGUUUUCAUUGAUUAUCAAAAGACUGAUGUAAAAUUUCUUAAAGUGAUAUUAACAACAAUAUGAAAUGGCUUUUGAAACGUAUGUUAUUAUUGUUGUUUUGUACUUAAUUUUCUAAUAAAUUAUUAUACUCUGCAGCAAUCUUAGCUCACUCAAGAAUGAAGUGCCCAUUUUGAGCAAUUUUGGUAGGGGGUCUCCGGCGUGGUAUGUUGCACACAGUCAACAAUUUUCUUAAAACAACAUAUGUUUGGUAUAAUAUUUGGUGUUUUAAAGCAUGUAGUGGCUCUUUACUAAGUUUGUUCUAAUCAGGUCUCAUGCAUCAAAACUGGCAAUGGUAUAUAAAAAACUUAUCUAGUAUAUAGCUUAAAACAUAUUUUCGAAACCACAAGGAUCAAAAAUUUAUUGUUUGGAGUGUAACACGGUCAAGUGGUCCUCUAUAAAAAAGAUGAUUCAAAUCAUGCCCCUUUGGUCAAAACUGACCACGCCCCUGUGGGCUCAUGAUUCAUAUAGAUUUACAUAGCAAAUAAAUUAAAACCUCUGAUACAGCAAGAGUGAAAGGUCUAAUAUAUUGUGUUUCUAAAAAGAUCAUUUUAAUCAUGCUCCUUGUGUCAAACUGGCCAGGCUUUAGGAUCAAAUAAUUUAUAUAGACUUAAUAUUUUGAAACAUUAAAUAUCUGAACCAUUUAUGGCAAGAGGUUGAGUAUUUGACAAGAAAACAUCAUAUCGCAAUCCUGUAUGAAUUUUUUUCCAAUCAUGCCCAUGGGAUUAAAAUAGGUUCUGGGGGUGUGGGGGAUUGUUUUAAAUAGAAUUCAUUUCGGUUUAUGACAUCCGAUUAUGGUCCACUAUUAAGUCUGUUCAAAUCAUCCCCAUGAGUUUGUACUUGCCAUGCCCUAUUACACAGGUGAUCAAACACUUGAAAAGAGGCAUAAACAAAAAGCAUUCAACAAGAGACGUUUGUCACACAUGUAUGCCCCCCCCCCCCCAAGUUACAACCAUUGCAAAUGGUUUAAAUUGCCUCAAUGUAAGACAUUAGCAAGCAAUACAAAUCAAUUUAUUGGUAAUAAAUCUUGCAAGAACAUGUCUAUUAUGUUAACACCAUGCCUGACCUAAUCUUCCUCAUUCAGUACAAUAUUGAUUGACCCGUUUGCAUGCACUGGAGUAACACACAGAAAGAUGAACUUAAUCAAAACUGAGUUCUGUAAAACUGAAACAUAGUCAUGUAGUUACUUGGAUUCCAACCGGUAUUUUGUUAAGCUUUACUCGUGCUGCAAUAAACCAUACUGUCAGUUCCUUGCUUUUGUGUCUUAAUUAGCUGGAGGUUCGCAGAAGAAAUACUGUAAUUAAACUUUGUAUAUUGUGUUAUGUCAACCAUUACCGGUAUAUCCAAUAAUAAGGGUAUUCAGUGUCCUAUGGUGAGAUGGUGUUCACAUUAGAAAGUCUUCUUAAAAAAUUCUUUUUUCUGGUAUGGUAUAGGUAUGGUAUAAGAAAUUGACUGGGCACUCUUUUACUCCAUAAGCAUAAAUUACGCUCCAGAACUGAUUCCUAUGUUUGUGCAUUUUUUGCAUUAGUUUAAUGAGAUCUCAACAGUAAUCUUGGUAUGGUAUGCAUCAAUCGAAGAAAAAAACAAUUUCUGUCCCCUAAACUGCACAAUAAGAAUCAAACAUUAUCAGUAAGAUUACACAAAACGUAUUGUAUUCGAGCUUGUUAGUACAAGGCAUGUCUUGAAUAACAGGAAAAAAUGUCUGUAUAACAUUUCCCGCGUAUUGCACUUGCAUUUGUUGUUAUACACGAAUCCCUUACUGUGAAGAAAUGAAUUCAGUCAUGUCUCUAGUAAGUAAUUUGUAAUAAUUACCUUUAUAAUGUUUUAUCAUCAUUCCGUGUUUUAAUGUUAGAAAUUCGUUAAUCACGUAAAUUAUCUAAGGAAUCCAUGUUGUGUAACUAUAUGAUGAAGUCAGCGUUCGAUUCUCCGCCAUUUUGUAUCUAUGGCCGAUUUAGGGCCGGUCUUGGGCCGUUUCUUGGCCGGUGGCCGAUUUAUGGCCGCGGCCAAUUUUCGGCCAGUUUUCGGCCACAUUUCGACCAGAUUUCGGCCAAACUUCGAACGUUUUGUGGAUUUUCUAGUCAGUCUUGAUUUUUCUUGUGGGGGAGAAGCAUUAACAUCAGCUUGCUCCCGAUAAGUGUAAAUAACUAAUCCAUAUUGUGAAUUAAUCCGAACAAUUAGUAAAGAAAACACUUUUACGUGAACAUAUUUCCAUUAUUGUGACUUUUUACAGAAUAUUUGUCAACUUAUCACGGAACUUUAGAGUAUUUAUUCCUGACGAAGUAUUUUAACUACAUGUACAUUUGAAUACGUACAACUGUGUAAGCUUUGUAUACGUCAUCACUUGUGACGCGAAUGCUGAGGCUAUUCUAAACUAUGUGCAUUUUAACGGUGGUGGAAUAAAAUGAGUUACUUGGA